GGGGGGCGGGUGGCUGCGCAUGGAGCCGUGGGCAGGGGCUGGAGGGAGCCCGCGGCCUUUUAUUCCCGGGGCAGCUGCCCAGGCUGAGCGAAGGUGAUGGACUCCGUGAUGAAGCUGCAGAGGGUGCAGCUGAAAUGCAAGAACCUGCAUGAAUUCCUGCGGGGGCUGAGCCCAGGAAUCCUGGAUCGGCUCUACAACCACCCUGCCACCUGCCUGGCUGUGUUCCGUGAGCUGCCGGGAUUGGCCAAGAACUAUGUGAUGCGGAUGCUUUUCCUGGAGCAGCCCCUCCCCCAGGCGGCUGUGGCAUUGUGGGUAAAGAAGGAAUACGUCAAGGAGCAGGAGGAGAGCUCUGACGUCCUGCUGGGGCUGCGGCUCUGGCACACCCAGCUGCUCCCGGGGGGCCUGCAGGGGCUGGUCCUGAACCCCAUCUUCAAGGAGAACCUGCGCAUCGCCUUGCUGGGCGGGGGCAAGGCCUGGUCCGAUGACACCAGCCAGCUGGGGCCAGACAAGCACGCGCGGGACGUCCCGUCGCUGGAUAAGUACGCCGAGGAGAGGUGGGAGGUGAUCCUGCAUUUCAUGGUGGGCUCCCCCAGCGCCGCGGUCAGCCAGGAUCUCGCCCAGCUCCUCAUCCAGGCUGGGCUGAUGAAGAGCGAACCCGGAGAGCCCCCCUGCAUCACCUCCGCCGGCUUCCAGUUCCUGCUGCUGGACACGUCCUCCCAGCUCUGGUACUUCAUGCUGCAGUACCUGCAAUCCGCUGAGACCCGGGGCAUGGACCUAGUGGAGAUCCUGUCCUUCCUCUUCCAGCUCAGCUUCUCCACCCUUGGCAAGGAUUACUCGGUGGAGGGAAUGAGCGACUCGCUGCUCAAUUUUCUUCAACACCUUCGGGAAUUUGGUCUGGUCUUCCAGAGGAAGAGGAAGUCGCGGCGCUAUUACCCCACCCGCCUGGCCAUUAACUUGUCCUCAGGAAUCUCCGGCACCACCACAGACACCCACAACCAGGGCUUCGUCGUCGUAGAGACCAACUACAGGGUCUACGCGUACACAGACUCGGAGCUGCAGAUCGCGCUCAUCGCGCUCUUCUCCGAGAUGCAGUAUCGCUUCCCCAACCUGGUGGUGGCCCACGUGACCCGCGAGAGCGUCCAGCAGGCCAUCGCCAACGGCAUCACGGCCGAGCAGAUCAUCCACUUCCUACGGACCAGAGCGCACCCCGUGAUGCUGAGACAGACCCCAGUGCUGCCUCCAACCAUCACGGAUCAGAUCCGGCUCUGGGAGCUGGAGCGCGACCGGCUGCGCUUCUCCGAGGGGGUGCUGUACAACCAGUUCCUGUCCCAGGUGGACUUUGAGCUGCUGCGGAACCACGCGCGGGACCUGGGCGUGCUGGUCUUCGAGAACCCGGCCAAGCGCCUCAUGGUGGUGACGCCCGCCGGCCACUCCGACGUCAAGCGCUUCUGGAAGAGGCAGAAGCAGAGCUCCUGAGGGGACCCCGCGCCCGGCCCCGAGGAGUGGGCUGCCGCUCCCCACCAUCCGACAUGCGGUGCAGGGCGGGGAGAUCCUGCUGCACUGAUUGUCCAGUGGUUACUUCAGGAAGCUCAGUGGAUCUCCAGCAGGGAAGAGGUUAAAUUGCAGCACCUCCCCCUCACGCCCCUUCCCCCAAACUGGAUCUCUCCUUUGGCAGAUCUUUCCAGCAGCAAAGGGGUUACAUGAUGACACGACCCCCUUCCCUCCUGUCACAGGGGUGGAGGCUAACUGGUCCCAUUCCUCUGCAUCAGUUUUUGAGGGGCUACUUCGCUGAUCACCCCGGAACCCCUGGCUGGGGGUGGAGUUGGAUGCACCUUCCAAGAUGUGACUUAAGGUUGGGAUCUUGUUAGAAGCAGGUGGGGGGUAGGUGUGAGUGGGUCUGCACCCUGCAUCUGUGGGGUGAGCCAGGGCUGGGUUAUACUUUUUAUGCCCCUCUCCCCCCCACACUUGAUGCUUUCCAGCAGCCAGAGAUUCCUCUGGGGCCUUUCUCCCCUAUGGGGCACCAGCUCCUAUCCUGUCCUAGGCCAGGGGCCUGAGAGACAAAGCGACUGACCCUGCUUUUGCUGAUGGGUGUAAAUGAGUAACCGCACUGGCCUUAGUGAGGCUGAAUCACCUCUCAUCUGGUGUAAAUCUGGAGUAACUAAAUUGAAGUCACACCUGAUUUGCACCAGUGGCAAUUCCAUGCACGGAAUUGGAGUGACCUGAUUCACACUGGCCGACCAGAUCAGAAUCCAGCCCUGACUCUACUGCCAUCGAUGGGCUGCUCUGGAUUGACACCAUGCUCAGCAUCCAGCCCUGGCUCCAUGGGGUCUCUCUGGAUUUACACGAGGGGAACAGGAGAAUCCAGCCCAAUGCCUGUAAAUAGUUUUUUUUGUAACUGUUGAGAGGACUAAAUAAAGCUCCAAUUUAAAAGA